GAGGGAAGGCGCGCCCCGCGCAUUUAACUGCGGAGCGCCGGACAGCUCUGGGCAGCCUGCGAGCCGAGCCGAGCCGAGCCGAGCCGGGUCGGAUUGAGCUGAACCGAGACCAGCCGAACCAAGUCCGGUAGAACCAUCUCCAGGCAGGACCAAAACAGCAGCGCAUCCCGCCGGGUCGGAUUGAACUGAACCGAGCCCAGCUAAACCGAGUCCAGGCGGGACCAAAACCGCAGCGUAUCCCACCGGGUCCGAGCCGAGCCGAGCCGAGCCGAGCCAUGCAGCUGGCCCUGCUGGCCCGGCUGCUGUCCGUCGGGCGGGCGGUGCUGGCGGCGCUGCGAGGGCGCCUGGGCGCGCUGUGCUGGAGCCUGGCUCCCCUGUCCCUGUCCCUGUCCCUGUCCCUGCCCGGCUGGCGGGACUCGGCCCCCCGGCCGCGGCGGGAGCAGGAAUGGGACGAUGCGCUGCCGACGCCCACCAGCGUCAAUUACCACUUCACCCGGCAAUGCAACUACAAGUGCGGCUUCUGCUUCCACACGGCCAAGACCUCCUUCGUGCUGCCCCUGGAGGAGGCCAAGCGGGGGCUGGCCAUGCUCAAGGAAGCAGGAAUGGAGAAGAUCAAUUUCUCGGGAGGAGAACCGUUCCUUCAGGACAGAGGCGAAUUUGUGGGCAAACUGGUCCAGUUUUGCAAGCAGGAGUUGGAGCUCCCCAGCGUCAGCAUUGUCAGCAAUGGCAGCCGGAUCAGAAAGCAGUGGUUCGAGCAGUACGGUGAAUAUUUAGAUAUUCUGGCAAUUUCAUGUGAUAGUUUUGAUGAGGAUGUCAACAUUUUAAUUGGCCGUCGUCAGGGAAAGAAGAACCAUGUGGAAAAUCUGCAUAAACUGAGACAGUGGUGCCGAGAGUAUGCUGUUGCUUUUAAAAUAAAUUCAGUCAUCAACAGAUUUAAUGUUGAGGAAGAUAUGAAUGAGCAGAUCAAGGCACUCAACCCUGUGCGCUGGAAGGUAUUCCAGUGCCUGCUUAUUGAAGGGGAGAACAGUGGUGAGGAUGCUCUAAGAGAAGCAGAAAAAUUUGUUAUCAGUGAUGAAGAUUUUGAUCGAUUCCUGGAUCGUCACAAAGGUGUCUCCUGUUUGGUACCUGAAUCUAAUCAGAAGAUGAGGGAUUCAUACCUCAUUCUGGAUGAAUAUAUGCGUUUUCUAAACUGUAGAAAUGGACGGAAAGAACCUUCCAAGUCCAUCCUGGAUGUUGGUGUAGAAGAAGCUAUAAAAUUCAGUGGAUUUGAUGAGAAGAUGUUCCUAAGAAGAGGAGGAAAGUAUGUGUGGAGUAAAGCUGAUAUGAAACUGGACUGGUGACUCAAUAUACUGAGUUAGGGUAUUCUGUAAAAUAGGUGUAUACUUAUAGGUGAGUGUAUACUUGUAUCUAAUGCUUUUAACUACACUUGGUAUUCAAUUAUAAUUAUAUAUGUUAAUAUGUUACAUGUUUUAUAAAUGCAGAUUACAUUGUCUAUUAUUUUCGUGAGCAUGACCAAAUACUUUCAGAGCUUUCACAUGAACAGAUCUCUGAAAUUAACUUUCUAGUCUGUUGCACCAAGAACUUUAAGGCAAACUAUUUUAUAAAAUACUACAUGAGUGUGCAUGCCAGAUAAGAAGCCAAAAAACACCUCAAAGUCUAAAUCAUUCUAAACAGCUGUAAUGAUGGAAAAGUCAAAAUACUUAUCAGGAAAUGCAUUCUGCCUGUUUCUCAGGGAAAGAUGAAUUGCAGUUCCUGGAUAGAUCACUGGAGGGCCAGAUUCCCUGGAAGCAUCUUCUGCUUUUUUCAGGGGUAACAGAGGGUCAGAACCUAGGGAUCAUUAAGUAAUAAUGUAUUUAAAAGGAAAUCAAGGUGAAAAAAUUGGCAAUUUUUAUUCUUUAAGACUUAAUUGUAACAGCAUGUUAUCCCUCUCCUCUGUAUACAUACAUGAUAUUUGCAAAAAUGUUGGGGGGUGUAAUUUUCUGUAAGAACAUAUUUUUAGUCAUGAAAAAAUAUUGUACUUGUUCACCCUAAAACCUAGAAGUACAUUUCACCUAAUGAUAAACAACAUCAUAUUUCACACUGGCAAUGUCUUUAGUUCUAACAAAUAUUUACAGUGAAACAGUUUUCAUUUUAUUAAUAUUUCCAUUUUCCUUUCAUCUGCAAAUAUUGAUUUAUUAUUUUAAAUUACUGUUGAACCAUGGGCAUACAGUUCUGAUGAAGAGUCCUUCUCAAACUAAUUAAUACCAUGUAGAACAACCUAACAUAUAUCUUCUGUUGCUUACUAGCUUGUUAUUUGGCUAAGCCAUGGAACUACAAACAGCAAAGUUCAUAUAUCAAGCAACCUUGUUUUAAAGGUUGCUUGUGUCAGUAACUAAUUUGCUUGCUGGUUACAAACCUGCAGAUAUUAAAUGAAACUAAUCUGGUUUUGUGAGAACUACCUUUGAUUUUAAGAGCAGGCAGCAUCAAUAUAAAAUAAAAAAAAAUAAAAAAUUAAAAAUCCCCAAAAUUUAAUAAUAAUAAAAUAUUUUAAAAUAAUCUAAUAUACUGCCCUCAUUCUUGGUUUUCUGGCAAUUGUUACAGCUUUAUAAUUACAGGUUUUCAAAUUUAACUAGUCCCAUCCUCCCUCUGUCUGAAGGGCACGGGGACAGGCAUUGCACAGAGCAGAAAGGAGAGGGCACUACUCAUUCAUCCUGUCCACUGAACUCCAUCUCUGGACUGUCUCACACAUUUAAAUAUUUGCAGCAGUUGGGAGCCAGCAUGCAUUAAAUGAGCCACAUUGAGAAAAUGACACAUUCUUCCAUUUUUUUGGAAAUGCUAGUUGAUUUUUUUUAAGAAAGAAGUUUGUGAAAGAAAUGUUUUGCAUUCAUGUAGUGCAUCUUCAGUUGAACGGGGGAAAUGCUUAAGUAGGAGCUGUUACUUCUGUGUAAAGGAAAGUGCUCCUCUGAAUACACUGUGAAAAUGUUUCCAUUUAUAAUUCCUUCAGUUUCUAUUUUUACUGUCCUAACUGUAAAUAUACUCAGUGGUGCUC